GCUACAAUAAAUCACUUCGUGCAUAAUCUUUCUUUGUGCGAUUAUAAUUUGUAAUUAAUUAAAUUUUUACUGUACUACACCUUAUAAACUUCUCCAUUUAAUUUGUUACUUAAUAGUUACAACCGUUUUGGUAAUGGAGGCGUCCACGUCAUCGCAUGGUGUCAUUCCUGAAGACAAGUUAAAGCCUUGGACCGUCUUUCGCAACGUGGGAGCGGAUGGAGAGGAGAUUUUGAAGGCAGCGAAAUUGAUACAUGUUCACGACAAGGAGGGUUUCGUCGUCACCACGACGGACGAAACUUACCACUUCAUCCAUAAAGGUCUUGACGAUGCGAAAAUUACCAGAAUUCCUGAAUUGUGCAACGUUCUAGUGAAAGAAUUUAUCAUUGGAUCAGUUAACCUCGCAAUUACGGAGGACGGACUACUCUACUCGUGGUGCAGUGAAUUCCGCCCAGCCGAUGUACCAUUUGAUAGGCGAGCUGAGCACUUAGGACGUAUCGCUAAUUGUCGGGAAGAUAAGUACACGCCCAGACAAGUGCCGAGUUAUCUGACUAGAGGAAAAAUACGGCAAGUAGCGUUGCCAGGGAUGGGAAUGGGGAACGUCGUGGCGUUAACGGAGGGUGGGGAUGUUUAUCAGUGGGGUACAUUUGGUGAGAUAACCAUUUGGGCGCCAAUGUUCGUUGAUAAGGAAGAAUGGGAUUGUGGGGACCUUGUCUCGGUGGGGUGUAAUUUUGGGGCGAAUUACGCCCUCAGUGAAAGAGGAGAGGUAUUUCGAUGGGGAUUUGGUGCAGAUGAUGGACACAAAUUGAGUACAAGAGGCAUCCCAGUGAAGAAGAUUGCCACAACACAAAAUACUAUUUGCGCUUUGACCUUUGACGGUAAAGUUCAUUCGUGGAGGGCUCCAGCAGUUGGAGGGAAUCUGACUUGGUCAACGAAACCAGUAGUUGUUGAUUUCUACGUCCAGGACAUUCGAACCUGUUGGAUGGAAGACGUUUGUGUCGUCGAUUUUAAGUCUAACUAUUUAGCUUGCUAUCUGGAUAAGCAGCCGACUCGGGAGGUCCCUUAUUUUUUAGUACGAAUAGAAGAAUGUUUUGCUCGAAUUUGCCAAAAAAGUUACGGAACUAUUAUUAUGGAGAGAAGCCAAGAAGACAAGAAACCCUCGUUGGGUGACGAUUUAUGGAGUAGUAAGGAUACUAUGGAUGCUACAUUUUCCUUGCAAGGGAAAAUCAUUUCCGCGCAUAAACUGAUUCUCACGUGCAGAAGUGAAUAUUUCGCAAAAAUGUUUAGCGGCGAGUGGAGUGAAACGAAAGGAUCCGUGAUUGAAAUCAAGGACACGAAGUAUGACAUUUUUGAAGCUCUACUGUUCCACAUUUACCACGACAAGGUGACUUUCUCGGAGAAGGAGUACGAAAAUAUUUGUGGCCUGAUGAAGUUGGCGGAUUGUUAUUGCGAAGUGAAAAUUCGGCGUGAAUGUGAAGGGAUUCUGAUGCGGAAUAUCGGCGCAGAAAAUGCAUUCUUUUUACUUCAACAUGCCGUCUCAGCAAACGCUUUGAAUUUGGAAGAGAAAGUAACAAAAUUCAUCCUGGAGAAUCGACUCGUCAAUACAAUUUCAUUGGGUGGUGCCAGCGACUUGGUCGCUUUACUGGGGAGGGAAGCAUUCGACAAAUUUGCGAUGGCCGCACUUCGUCGAUAGCUUGCUAUUAAUGGAUCCGGGAAUAAUUAUUUUUGUAGUUACUUUCAACUUUUGCGAAUAAAAUAUGACAUUUCUCCCCAAU